AUGGAAGGAGGAGUACCAACUUUUGCAGUGUUACUUGUAGCAUUGAUUGUGGCAUCCUUGCCAUGUGUCGCCCAAGCCAAAGGAGGAGAGAUUGGGCAGGUCCCUGUCCUGAACUUGGCAGGGGACUUUGCUGGAGGCGGUGUCCGACAAAACAUCUGUGAUCGGUACGAGGAUUUUGCCACCGGCAAGACCCAGCUUCGAGGUGCUCUUUCCGGAAUGAAGCUAACUGCAGUCUUUAUGAGUGAUGAGUUCCUCAAUUACACAGCUGGAGAGGGAAUGAGCCCCGAGGAUCCAGGAAUCUUGGCAGAGAUCAUGGAUGUCUUGGCUGAACGGGCAAAUUUUACAUGGCGAGACUCAUUUGGUGUGAUGGAUCCAGGCAACUUCUUGGACAAGUCAUGGACUGAGAGGUUGAUUUGGUCCGUGGAGAACUUUGAUAUUGCUGUCAGCUCAUAUGAUCAUUCCCUGGAGCGAAUGGAGAGGGGUGCCAGCUUUACAGAAGCCUGGUAUGAUGGCAGCUUGAUUCUGGUGGAUCAGAGAGACCCUCCUGUGCCCAGCAAUGUUAAUCUGUUGAAUUGGGCCAAGCCCUUUGAACUGGCUGUAUGGGCUGUUAUUGGCAUGACAAUCAUACUAUCUGCCGUAGUUUACCAGUUGAUUGAGCAGCUCAGUGAUGAAAGAGAAGACAGAUCCUUGUUCCAGUGGUUCUCCGACAAUCUCUACCUAAGCUCCCUGAGCUUCACCCAGAACUUUGAGUAUGCCCCCAACAGUGUUGCGGGACGCAUAUUUGGGGUGAGCACAGGAGUUUGGGCUCUUGUCAUUACAGCCACCUACACUGCCAAUCUUGCUUCUCUCUUUGUUGAAACACAACGGCCAUCUGUGGUUAUUGACUCUGUGGAACAAGCUGUCUUACUUGGUGUCCCCAUUUGCACCUGGGAAGGCACUAACCAACAUGAGUUUGUCAGCAACAAGUACCAAAAAGCUAUCUUGGUACCCAAGCCAAAUCAACAGGAAGUCUACAAAGCUCUGCGGCGUGGAGAGUGUGCUCUGGCAGUGAUGUACAGAGACAGCUGGUUGACUUACGAAAAACAGUCCUUGUACAACCCCGAUUGUGAUCUGGAGUGGGUGGGACGAAGCAUCAAGACAAUCAAGGCGGGAUUUGCAGUCAAGGCCGAUGCUGGUGAUCUCUGCAGUAGCUUCACCAGAGACGUCUUGAAUGUGCAUUUUGUUGAAUUCCUAAAUGAAGGUGGCCUGGAACAGCUCUGGGAAAAGCAUAGAUCCAAACGUCAGGAUAUAAACUGUGCCGCUGGAGAUGAAGAGACCGAGACAGUUGGUAUUUUUGAUAGCAGGCGUCGUCGCCUUGGGACGAAGGUAUCUUCAGCAGCCUCAUCAACACCUGAGAACCACCGCAUACUCAAGGGGGCAGCAGUGGCUGCAGCUAGUUCCACUAGUAGUGACGGCUCGAGCAAUGAUGCCCUGUCAAUGCAUCAGAUGAUUGGCACAUUUGCACUCCACUGGAUGUCCAUGACAUUUGCUCUCCUGGUCAGUGUGGUUGCAAAGUACUACAGCAAGUGGGAAAAGAAGGAGUUGGCUAAGCAGGGUUUGGAACGAGAACAACAGACAUUCAGAAAGCAUGGUCCAAUCGUAGGGAUGCCACCACGUGCCAACACCUUUGUAGUUCGGAACGUUAAUGGAAGAGCCAACCAACCAACUGCCACCUUGGAGGCUACCGGUACUCGAAAUGUAAUUGCAGAGACACUCAAACGACCAGAUUCUGAUGCCCAAAGGGAGAGGUUUUGCACCUUGGAGGAGACUCGGAAGGAAAUUGCAGAGAUGCUCAAACGACCAAAUUCCAGCAGAAGCCUCGACCAGUGCAGCAGGGAUGCCCGAAGGGAGAGGCUUCUUGCCUCCCAGUGCUCCCAAGCUACUUACAGUCAUGAGAGCUUGUUGACUGACUUGCAGCUAAGCGACUCCAGCAUGCGGCCGUUAGAGCCUGAUACGGACAUCCCCCUGAGAGAUGACUGUGGAGCUUCUUCUGAGAAGGCAGACCUGGCAGAGGAACGGCAACUAUAUCAAAACAAGCUGGAGAAUGUUGAAGCUAGGAUGGGAACAAUGGAUGACAAAAUAGAGAUGAUCCUGUCCAUGCUGAAGCAACAAAAUGAUCUCAUUGUGGAUAGGAAAAGCCAGCUGCACUCUCCGAGUUUGUAA